AUGAUAUUAUUUGAUAGCUCGAUUAUUUUCAUUGAUGAUCUUUCUUGUGUGUGUGAUCUUUUACCAGAUCGAAAAAAAUCAACGUACCAACAACUUUUUAAAGAAUUAAAAAGUAUUGCGGCAUUGAAAAACAAAUUAUUUGAACCUGAAAGAGUUGUUAAUGAUUUUGAAAUCGGUUUGAUAUUAGCUGAAGCCGCUGAAUUUCCUCAAGCUAUUCAUCAAGACUUAAGCACAACUUAUGCUGAAGUCGAUGAAAUGAGAUCAUGCUGUCGUAAAUUAAUGGGACUUUGUCUUUUGCCACUUCAAGAAGUUGAAAAUCAAUUUUAUAAUUUACGAGCAUUAUUAGAUUCACGAUUAAAGCAGGAACUGCGUCAAUUAUUUUUAUAUUUUUAA